AUGUCCCGACCUUCUGCGAAAUGGACCGAUCUGUCCCCUGCUCUAAGUGCUCCAGUGCUCGAAGUUAUCGAUAGUCUUGGAUUUAAGAAAAUGACGCCAGUUCAGGCCGCAUCGAUUCCUUUGUUUAUGUCCUACAAAGAUGUUGCUGCAGAAGCUGUAACAGGAUCAGGGAAAACUUUGGCUUUCCUCGUCCCAUUGCUCGAGCUACUAUUGAAACGACAACAGAAUGAGCCAUGGAAAAAACAUGAAAUCGGAGCCGUUAUCGUUUCACCGACGCGCGAAUUAGCCUCCCAAAUCCAUGACGUAUUAUCCGAGUUUUUAACUCACAAACAUUUUAGUUGUUUUCGACAGAAAACGCUGAUUGGAGGGAACUCUGUUGAAGAAGAUGUUGCAUCGAUCGUGAAGGAAGGGGCCAACAUAAUAAUAGCUACACCAGGUCGGCUUCAAGAUCUGUUUGAACGGAAGGGCGAUCUUAAACUUGCAGCGAAAGUGAAAAACUUGGAGUUGCUUGUGCUUGACGAAGCGGACCGCUUGCUAGAUAUGGGGUUUGAAGCAACAAUCAACACCAUUUUAGCAUACCUUCCAAGACAACGUCGCACCGGAUUAUUUUCUGCAACCCAGACAAAGGAAGUGAAAGAUUUAAUGCGAGCAGGUCUCCGCAACCCAGUGUUGGUUAGUGUUCGAGAGAAAGCUACCUCUAGCACACCAAAAUUGUUGCAAAAUUAUUAUAUUAUAGUUGAACCAGAUAAGAAAUUAGUUGCUUUGUUGGAGUUCAUCCGCGAGCGAAAUAUAAAGAAAGCUAUGAUUUUCUUUCCCACGUGUGCAUGCGUUGAGUAUUGGUCCAUUGCCAUGACAGACCUUGCUGUAUCUACACAGGUGUUGGCAUUACACGGGAAAAUGAAAUCUCAGCGAAAUCAAAUUCUGAGAACAUUUCGAGAUGCAGACAAUGCACUGUUACUAUGUACUGACUUACUCGCUCGCGGUGUUGAUAUCCCAGAAGUUGACUGGGUUCUUCAGUGGGAUCCUCCAUCCAACGCGGCCGCAUUUGUGCAUCGAGUAGGACGUACUGCACGCCAAGGAUGCGAAGGAAAUGCCCUUAUCAUGCUGUUACCCACCGAGGAUGCGUAUGUAAACUUUUUAGAACGUAAUCAAAAGGUUUCGUUGAAGCAGAUAUCUCUUGAGAUUAACGAGCAUAAUCUAUCGGAAACAUUGAAAACGUUGCACCACCUACAGGUCAAAGAUCGUGCUACGUUCGAUAAAGCGAACAGAGCCUUUGUGUCGCAUAUUCAGGCAUAUAGUAAACAUGAAUGUAAUUUGAUCCUACGUGUAAAAGAUCUUGAUCUGGGUAAAAUGGCAACUUGUUACGGACUGCUGCAACUUCCUCGCAUGCCCGAGAUGAAACAACAUUUCAAGGAGACAUUUCGCGGUCCUGAGAACGCAGUGGACGUGUGGAAGCUUUCCUACAAAGAUAAACAGAAGCAAGCAUCAUUCCAGGAAAAGAUGAAAAUCUACGCUGAAACCGGCGAAUGGAAAGGGAAGAAGAAAAUUAUACGGAAGAAAUCUAUACCCUGGGAAAUGGCUAAUAAAGCCCGAGAUGAAAAAAAAGAAAACCGUAAAAAACGAAAAGAAAUCAAGCAAAAACGGAAACUCGCAAACGAGGCUGGAGAAGCUAUGCCGAUAAAGAAGAAACGAAACAAAUUCUCGCAGGAAGAUCUCGAAGAACUUGCGAAUGAUAUUCGUUUGCUGAAAAAGGUUAAAAAAAAGAAAAUAACCGAAGAAGAGUAUGAUGAUGAGAUGGGUUUAGAGGAUGAUAAAAUGGAAGAAUCAGAUUAAUUUGGAACCACGUGGGCGACAGUUUAAAGCUAAAUAUAACUUCUAUUCAAUGAAAUCAUAUAAAAAUUGUUCACAUUAUAGCGCUUAACAUUUAUCUCUAUUAUUUGUGGUGAAA